AUGGUUGAAGCUCCGCCCUAUUUAAGUGGGGCUCCUGGUCAUGUGACCAGGGGAGAGGGUGGGUCACUUAUGAAAAAGGGAAUCCACACCUGGCUAAAGGACUCUCAUCUGAAGCUCAGGACUGUAGACAGUGAGAGGGGAAUAGUCAUGUUUGGCUCAGGCCAGUUAGUGUCCACCCUCGCCCCUGCCGUCCUUCACUCCUCUGCGGCUCAUUUCUUCCCAGCGUUCCCCAGCAGACUGAGUUCUCCUCAGUUCCUGCUCCCAGGACCUUUAUUCAGCUAUGAGUUCCUGAGGAGCUGCCUACAGCCUGAGCCCUGCAAACAGACUCUGUUUCUGGCCACUCAGGCAAACAGCAUCAGCCACCUCACUGACUCCAUAGAUGAACCCAGGCCAGUGAAGCAGCGACGGGCACGUGCCAACUACAGCAGCUGGCAGCUGGAGGAGUUGGAGAAGGCCUUUGAGAGUACUCACUACCCAGAUGUCUUCAUGAGAGAGGCGCUGGCUCUCCGUUUGGACCUUAUUGAGGCCAGAGUGCAGGUGUGGUUUCAGAACCGAAGGGCUAAGAUGCGGCGGCAGAUGAAGUUGCACAGUCAGCCUGGGGAACCUUGUGUCAGGCGGGACAGCGAGGACCAGCCGGCAGACAGGUCCAACAGCAGCUCGGGAGAACCAGAAAACAGCGACGGUGAUCGUUGGGACAGGAAACAGCAGAGAGGAAACUCCUCCUGGUCUAGACCAAGCCCUGGAACCAUGAGCAGUCCCCUGCAAAGCACCCUCCUCGAGGCCAGGGAUCUGGACGGGGCUGGAGGGCCCAGUCCAGACGAUUUCCGCUCGUGUAGCAUUGCCAAGCUGCGAGCAAAAGCCAGGGAUUACAAGGCAGAGAUCCACAGUUCUGCAGCCAGGUUGGGCUGGGAUCACCAGCUCCGAUCACAGGUCCCCACCACCGACCUGGAAAGUAAAUGA